AUGGUCUUUCAGCUUCUUGAGUUUAUCGGUGACUUGAUUUUCCAACGUCCCUCUAAGGCUCUCAAGCGACUGGGUGAUUUGGUCGACGCCACCGCCGAUUGCGCCGGGUUGUUUUGCCAACUCACUUUGUUGAGUGCUAAGAUCAUUUUCGAUGUUUUGAAGGCCCUUGGCAUUGUGGCCUUUUGGGUUCCAACUUGCCUCUUUGCCAAGCCCCGUGGUCUUCAAAUCGUUCAAUGUGGUAAUGACAUCUUCACCUAG